AUACCAAAUACCAAUGUCUUAUCAUAUAAACGUAUUCAAAUUGAUAAGAAUACUGUGUUGUCCAUGGUAGACGUCUAUUCUUUAGUAUGUGUAUGAGUAGUAGAAUAAUCAUAAAUUAAUAAUAAUUAGAAUAAUAUAUUGUAAAUAUUGUAUUAUAAAUAAAACAAAAUUUAUAAACAUGAUGCCAGUAUUAAAUACAAUUUUAGAUUCAGUUGUGGAUACAAUUGCCCCACCAACGCCUGCAUUUGAAAAUUUCAUUUAUCAUUGGGAAAAAUUUAUGGUUAAUUACUUAGAGUGGACUACUGAUGGACAAUUUUCCCAAACUCACAUAGAAGAAACCAAUGUACCUGGCCAUCUGGAAAUUGUACAACAGAUAUUACUAUGUGAAGACAAAAAUGAAGAAACCGCCACUAACUUGUGCAUGGAAUAUGUAUUGAAAAAUGACCUAUUUAAUAUGUUAGCAGUUAUAGCAGAAAAAGAAAAAUUAAUUGGUAUUAGGAUAUUAGUAUUAAAAUAUAUGACAAAUCUUAUCAGUCAAUUAAGAAAUCCAGUAUUAGCUCAUCCGUCUUUUUUCGUCACUAUUCAAAGGCUAAUUAGUUUAUGCGACAGUGUUUUGUAUAAUAAACAGCAACAAGAUCAGAUUCACUUUUUAUACAUGCUGUGUACACUGUUAAACGAUCAACAGAAUGUUUCAAUUAUGUUUUUUUCAUAUGAAACCAAUAUGUAUCAUAUGGAAGAAUCUAAGGCACCAUCAACGGAAUCAAGAACAUUUAACAGAUUAAAUUUAUUGGAUUGUGUAUUGACAUACAUCAAUACCAAGAAUACAGAUGUAUACUAUAAAUGCUGUAAUUGUAUACUGCUGCUGACUAAAUUAAAUGAUGAAAAUGUGAUAGACUUCAUAAUAAAUAAAACUAGACUAUGUUCAACAUUAAGCGAACAUUUCAGAAAUCUGUUUUGUGCAUUACCAACUACAUUGGAUUACAAUGGACUAGAAACAAUUGAAUUAAAUUGGAGGGACGAUUACAAUGCCACUUAUUCAAAUGAUGUUACAAAAUUUUUUUGUUGGUUAAAUUUUAUUACUGAGGUAAUAAGAGAUGGUCAGUUAAAAAUAUCUUAUUCAUUGUGUGAAUCAAUAAGAUUAUUAUUUUUUAUUAAAUUAUUUGAUACUCCAGAGCAAAUAUCGCCUUCUUAUGUUUUUUUGUUAAAAAAAAUCUACAAAGCAGCGGACCAUACGCCUUUAAAUUAUACAAUGAAUUAUUGGUUACGGUCAGAGCUUGAUUGUUCUUAUUACAAUAAACAAACGCCAAUAGACAUUUUAAUAAAAUUGUCUUCCAAUACAGAUGAUAUUUUUGUUUUCAACAUUCUCAAUUUUUUUAUAGAUGUAUUACUUGAUUCAGAUAAAGAAGUUUUGGAUUUUAUAAUAUUACGAUUUGUCAAUAAUAGAAACUAUUAUGAAAGAUGUACAUCAGGAACAUGGAGCGAUGAAGAAGACGAAAGAGAAAAAAAAUUAUUGUCAAAUGAAAAUAAUAUUAACACUAGUCGAACUCUUGCACCUUCAAGUAUUGAUAGAAUAAUUAACCGGUUGCUAGCAUUGAUUCCUCAAAACCUACACUCAGACCAAUUACAUACAUUUAAAGAUCACAUAACAGAUGUGAAGAACAACUAUGAAAGUAUUUUUGAUAAAUGUACAAAAUUUGAUUGGCCUACUGAAGCAUUAGAUUCAGUUAAACUAUAUGAUUUUGAUGAAGGUCCAUUUUUAAGUAUGAUUUUUGAAAAAAUCAGCAACAUUCCUAAUCAAAACUCAUCAACUACCUUACAGUUAAAAAUAAUUUUAAUAUUUUUAAGUUCUUUACCUCAUCCAUAUCUACAUGAAUACUUGUUAAAUUCAACAUUACCGUUAAAACGUAAUGUACCAUCAUUGUACAUGCUAAUAUGUCAUGUUCUUAAAGAACUACAUAAAAAGAUAUUAGCAUUCCCAAAUUAUAAUGAAGAGUUGAUUCAAGCAAGAAAACGCAUUUUAAAUAGUACUUUAAUGAAACUAUUAAAAGAAAAGAAUUCUGAAGUAAUACUAUUUAACAAUGCGGUGAUUUUAGAAGAAUUGUGUAAAGAAUUGGUUGCAGUACUAUUUGUGAAGUAUCAUCAUUCAAACUCAGCUUAAGGCGCCCGGUGCUGAUGCCAUUUUGUCUUCAAAAAUACACUUUGUGGGAAUAACAAUACUGCCUUGUAUAAUCAACCAAAUUUCAUAAUUUUUUUUUUAAUUGCUAGAGAGAAAUAUUCACAUCGAUCUCUGUUUUUCAAUAUUUUAUUCUAAUAUUCUUAUUAUUCUAAUAAUAUAUCUAAAAAAAUACAAUAUAAAAAGAAUUUUUUUACAAUUAUUUUAAAUAAAAAACAAAAUCAGAGAUCAAUGCGGGCUGUAGGAAGUCUUCUUCUUUCAGAUAAAAAAAUAGUCAUCAAAAUCCAACAAUUCUACAAAGCUUGAGAGUUAUUUCCAUAAAGUCAUUUUUUUCGAUAUAAUACACCCUAUCAACCCCCCACCCCCCAUCCCCUAAAUAGGUAUCGGGUAGUAGAUUAGUGGAAAAGUCUUAUAAUUGAGGUGGCAACUAAAAUAUAAAAUUUAAUUUCCAAAUUUUAUAGAAUUGUGGAAAACUUUAAAAACUGGCACCGAGACCCUUAAUAAAAGAAUCUAUUUAAGUUUAUUUACAAUAGAUCUAUAAUGAAUCCUAUAGUGUAAACCCUAGAUUUUAUGGUACACUAUGUUCCAAUUGUGUUUACUAUUAUAUUAUAUAUUAUUUAUAAAUAAAUAUAUUAAUAAUCUGUAUUGAAUA